ACCGAAUCAACGCGUCAGCCCUUUCAACCUGGACAUGGACGUCGGAAUUAGUGAGCUCGCACAAAUGACAGAUCGCCGUCGAGAGCGUGUACAAGAUACGCAUAAGCUGCGAUUCUCUUGCGGCCAGGCUGGCCAGCUCAUCGUGGUCCUCAUCAUCUCCCGUGGUUACGUGAUGGUCGCGAGGCGCUGUCAUUGCUGUUCUAUUGCCCCCGGUUCCUAGCCGGGCUGGCCUUAUAAGCCUCGGGGCCGGCCAAGAUAUCCUCAGUUUUCAACUCCCUCUUGUGCUUUUGCCUUGCCAGUCAAGACAGGUUUUUGUUGUUAUUUCAACUUGGUUUUUGCCGUCCAUCCUUUCUUUGCCCCACCUUCUUUUAUCAACCAAAACUCCUCUGCUGUGCAUUGCUUUUUACCAUGCUCUCCGUCAAGUCUGUCUUCCUCGCGCUCCUUCUCUCUUCCACCUCGCUGGCCGCACCCAUCCGCCGCGAGGUCCCCCAAGAGCACUCUCACGAGCCCUUCUUGACGUCGGUUCGUGCAAGCCUGAACCUCAACAACCCGGACAAGAUCCAGGACCCUGUCUUUGCCCUCCUCGGUGAUGCUGCUGCCAGCGCCGGCAAGGGUAACAUCGCUGAUGUGACUUGCCUCCAGCAGGCGACCGCCGACCAGGCCUUCACCAACGCAAAGGCCAAGGGCGACAUCCAGGGCAUGACUGAUGCCCUCAUCUACCGUGCCCUGGAGCGCAACAGUGGAUCUGUCGGUGCUGUCUCGAAGACCUGCACCAGCUUGAAGGCCACCAACCCUGAGAUUGCCGCUGUCCAGCAGCACCAGGACCCCGCGUCCACCAACGCGGCCGCCGGUAACAAGGCGAUCGUCCUGGAGCUCGCCAAGCAGAUCGCCUCGAUCGGCGGUGACCCUCAGCAGGCCCUCAAGUCCGGCACGUUCAAGGCCGGCACGAUCGGUGACCCAACCGCCAAGGGCAACUCCUGUGACGAUGCCAACGACGCCAACGGCUGCAUCUUCACGCAGAACCUCCUUGUCGAGGAUGCCACGGCCGCUGAGAUCAGCGCUGCCGUUGCCGGUGUUGCUGCUGCCACUGGCGCUGCUGCCGCCGCCGCCACCAGCGCUGCCGCUGCUGCCACCACCGUUGCUGCCGCCGCCGGUGCCACCGACACUUGCCCUCCCCAGAGCACUGUGACGGUCACCGUCCAGCCCACUGCUGCUGCCGCCGCGGCAACCGAUGCCACCGCCGCCUCCACCGCCGCGCUCGCGGUCUCCACCGGAACCUCUGGCUCGUUCGGCAACUUCGGUUCUUGCCCUCUGCCUCUGAUCAAGUUCGGUGUUGGCUUUGACAACCGCAAGGAGACUUCCUUCGAGCCCCAGGACCAGACCGCCUACGCUCACGGCUCUGCUCAGGCCGUCGGCAUCAUCGAACAGUUCAUGUGCGACAACUUGGUCAACAAGUGUGGCGCUGAUGCGACCGCCAAGGCCACCUGCGCGUCUGCCAAGACCGCCGCUCUUGCCCUCUGCCCUUGAUCAAGUUCGGCGUCGGCUUCGACAACCGCAAGGAAACCUCGUUCGAGCCCGUUGACCAGACUGCGUACGCCCACGGAUCCGCCCAGGCUGUUGGAAUCAUCACCCAGUUCAUGUGUGACAACCUCGUUAACAAGUGUGGUGCCGACGCCACUGCCAAGGCCACCUGUGCUUCCGCCAAGACCGCCGUUGCCGCUUUGACCACCGCUCAGCUCAAGUUCGGUAUCGCUGCUGACACCUGGAACGCUGCCUUCGGUUCCUCGUCCCAGUUCGCCCAGGUUACCGCCGUCGAUGACCAAGGCAACGCCGUUGCUGGUUCCACCGGUGGAUCUGUCGCUGCCGCCGCCCCCGCCGCUGCCGCUGCUGCCACCACUGCCGCCGCCGCUGCUGCCACUACCGCCGCUGCUGCUGCCGCUGCCCCUGCUGCUACUACCGCUGCUGCCGCUGCCUCCAACGGUGCUGCCGCUGCCACCGGUGCUAACGUCCAGACCUUCACCGGUGCCCUCGGCGGUGCUACUGCUCCCCCUGUGACCGUCGGUGGAUCCAAGGGCUUCGUUGUUGACAACUCCGAGUUCAUCAACAAGGCUGGUGCCCUCGGCCGCUCUUGCGACGUCCAGCACAACCAGUGUGCCAACCUUGCCAACUCGGGCAGCUCGACGUUCAAGGUCUCUGACUGUGACGCCCAGAACACCGCUUGCCACGCCGCCAUCACGGCAUGAGUGCUCUGUUAUUUUCUUUAGUGCUGGUGCAUAUCAUUUUUACUUUUUACACGAAACCAUGCUGUAGCUAUAACAACUCUCACCGAUACCUCUCUUCUGGCAAUUCAUCGCAUUUGGGAUCCCAUCUUUUGUGUGAGCAAGAAAAUAUUAUAUAGCAACUAGUCCCCCGCAAAUUAUCAUCGCCAGCACGAACGCAAUUAGUCCUGACCGCACCACGAUCUCCCACUGCCCGCGAACAAUCACCGAGCUUAGCACUGGCGUCAACGGUACUGCGAACGCGGGCACGGCCGAUACCCGGCUGGGGCUACACUUGGCCUGCAUCCGUCCAAUCAAAGCUUUUGCACCCGGCAGCGCGUCGAAGUCAAACGCAGCAAGAUGCUGACGGUCCUGCGCUGAGAUCCGUGGCGGUCCACCGAACUGAGGGUCGUCUGCUGGGUACUCGUCGAACGGGUGAAUGAACGACGCUGUCGUUGUCGUCAGUGGGUCGGAUGGCUUGCUCGGCACAUGUUCGGUCUCCAAUGGACUCGUUGCUGGGCCUAUCAGUGUCUUAGGGAAACACCACAGAAAGGCAACGCACUACACUACGCACCUUCAACAGGAUCCAGGUCAAUAUAUGCAGGUGAAAUAUGGAUCGCCGUAUCGUCUGAACCAUCGGACAGCGACGAUAGCGACGACGACGCGUAAGUGCCCACCGAGACACUGCGCACAUGCGCCUGCACCGGCGGUUGCACCCUGGGUCCCUCUAUCGCACACGGCCGCGAAAUCGCCGGACGUGUGAGCUCAAACGCACGCAACUGCCGCAGAUCCCCGAAUACAUACACCCCAACACACACGCCAUGGAGACUUGCAAGGAGCACCGCGAGCCCGACGAAGAGCCCCGGAAACGCGCACAGGCGCACCCAGCGCGGCGCGCCCGUCGCCAGUGCGCAUGCAAGCGGCGCUGCGCCGAGCAGAGUCGUGAAGGUGCAGCCCGCAACGAUCCCGCACCGUGCCCGCCGGCUCCCCACGUUUGAGCAUGCUGCCCGCACAAACCGCCCGAGACUCGCGUCAAGAUGUCGUCGGAUCUCCACAGCCAGCGGCGCGAACAACGCUGGGUCCGGGUGCGCCGGUGCGCUGACGCUGUGGAACGGCGCGAGCAGGGCCGACGGCAGCUGCAGCUCGUACGCCCCGUUGGGCGUGAAGAACGUCUGUUUCGCUCGUGCGUAGAAAAGCGCCAGGUGCGAGGACGAGAGCAGCGGCCAGUGGUGGUAGUCGCUUGCGCCCCGCUCCAUGUCCGUUCGCACCGCCGUCCAGUUCGCAUGCUUGAUCGUGUACUCUUUCAGCCACAGGAUGAAGUACAGGUUCUCCACGGAGUCUUCACAGUACAGGAGCCAUUCCUGGGAGGGAGGGGUUUUGGUCGUCGUGUGAUCACGCGCGUCGCAACACGAGGAAAAACCCGACACUCACCCAAUGGCGGCAGAUGUCUGCGCUCCAAUACAUCGUCGAGGCAGACUUGGAGUGCCGGCGCAACUGUAGGCAGCUCAGUUGGCCCCGAUCAGCCGCGGUCAAAGCGAGGGUACCCACCACCGUACGUCCGGCUCGUUUUGGCCACCGGCGGCGGCGGGUGACACAGACGGAACUAGGAUUGCCGUCACUUUAGUUCUCUGCGCGUACGAGAGGAGGACGAGACGCGUACCGGGAGAGUCGUGAGGGCCUUGGCAGAGAUAUGCGUUUCGCGCGGUUGCGUUUCUGUGCGUGGCUGGGUCGGCGUAGUCGUAUGGUGGGUAUGCGGGCCCAUCGUUGCAGAGCAGGGAGGAAAUAAGAGCAAGAGGUGGAGGUGCGGCGAAAACAAGGAGGCUCCGAGGCACGCCACUAGUUACAUACAUAAAUGAACUUCCUGGCCGGGAGCGCUGGGCCGAGCAGAAGCAGUGUGGGUUCAUUAUGUGUCAAUUAUGUAGCGCGUAUUUCCCGUAGUUCAGUCGUCCGGGCUCGUGGGAAAUGGGCACAGCGAGCAAUCCAGAAUGAGAUCAAUGAGCUAGAAAGAUUACGCGAGGCGCGAGGCGCGAGGCUUGAAGCUUGAAGCUUUGGAGCUCUGGAGCUUGUGUGACCAGAGAGAAACCUUGCGAAAAAAAAACAUAAAUGGCAAACCAGCUUCAGCACAGUCAAUUUAGCACGUCGCGGCUUCCGCCAAGUUAGCGCAGCUUCUGACAUGACGUCGGUAUUCCAUGUCUGGUCUGUGUACGAUGCGGAAAAUAAGUACAAAUGCUGAUAAUACAUGGGCAAUUAGAGAGAACUUUUGCUAACGAGUGAGUGUGUUGUGGUGUCUAUAUCUAUUUAACAGUCGUGAGUAGUGUCCGUGGUCGUACAUCUUGCCAUAUCAUCAUCGGUGGUCCCUCUGCAUCAGUCCCGCCUCAGAGCGCGGCACAGACCCCUGCACGCUCGCCGACUCCGAGUCUAUCCGGUUCGGCGACUCCAUCUGGGCCUUCUCCCCGUCUAGCGACGAGCUCGACGACAAGGCCAUCCUCGACCUUGCGUUCCUGUGACGCCAGAGCCACGAGAUGCCCGAGUGCAGGAAGAUGUUGACGGCGACAAUGAGCACCGCCACAGAGAAGAUCACAAGUGCUACGGCCCCGAUGGCAACUCGGGGGAUCGCGGCGACGUUGAUCGAUUCAACGAACGCCAGCAUCAGCCCCGUGCAGACGACGCGCACGACGGCAAGGAAUGUCGAGAACACGUCCCCGCCGCGGGUCCGGAACAGCACCACCUGCGCGAGGCCGUUGUCCU